CUGACUGAGGAGACUGAGCAGAGAGGCUGACUGUGUGUACUUCAUUAUACACCUCUUAAGGAGAAGAACGGGACGACAGACUGAGAUCAGGCCACAGGUUUCGGGUGGUGAAGAUAAGACAUGUCAGCGGGGAUGCUGAAUGACCUUGAUGAACAAUGUCGAUGCAGAAGCAGCUGUCUGUCAGGGAUGACUGUCGCCCCAUCACCGCUCUGGGGUACCAUCCUGCACGGAGGGAGGUACUCACAGGCUGUGCAGAUGGAGUUAUUAAAUGGUGGGAUAUAGAGAGUGGGAGGAGAACAGCCAGCUCCACUAAAGAGCAUUCUGGAAUGAUCACACACUUCCUGUACUGGUCGGAAUCCAAACUUCUCCUCUCCGCCUCAAACGAUGGAACAGUGGUAGCGUGGACCAUCGGGGCCACCGUACUUGAGAAGAUACUGCUGGGCCGACCCGUUUUCUCCAUGGCGAUUAAUCAUAGGCGGCACCAGCUGGUGUGCGGUUUUGCGGGGCGCGUCACGGUCUACCCGCUGGACGAGAAGAAGGGGAUCAGUACUGCAAAGAGCUCCAGCGAUCACAGACACAGCGAUAUUGUCUCUUGCAUCGUGUGCCACGAUAGCCAGGUUUACACCGCAGGCUAUGACAGAAAGUUAAUCAUCUUUGACACCAGCUCGUACCCCAAUGUGAAGGGCCUGACAGCAGUACACUGCAUCUCGAGAGCUCAUGAGGCAGGGAUCACAGCCCUAGCUCUGGUCAAGGAAAAAGAGAGCACACGUUUGCUGACAGGUUCCUUUGACAAGACUGUACGUGUGUGGUCUCAAGAUGGACAGUUGAUUCAGAGGAUCAGUUUUUCUGGGGUGAUCACUGGGCUGUGCUACGUACCCUGUGUCAGUAUGCUUUGGAUUGCCAGUGAAAUGCCAGUCGCAACAUUGUAUGAUCCCAAAUCUGGAGAGAUUGUGUCUGACUUCAUUGAUACUUUCCAAAACACUGAAGGCGGGCCUAAUCUUGAACGGCUCGUGUACGUACCAGAAACCAGCUCUGUUAUUGGCUCUGCCGGUCAGCGUCAUGUGACGGUCUGGAGGUACAACAAGACUGGGUGUGUCACAGUCCUUAAGAACAGACAGCCAACGGAGUGUCUGGCCUAUACCAAGAAAAAGCCUAUUCUCCUGUUCAGUGGCCAUGGUGAUGGGACUUUGCUGAAAUGGGAAAGGUUCAACUCCUCCCACUUCCUCUAUAGUAAAGAGCUCUUCAAUGUGUUUGAAACACCUCCGCAAGGCAGAGAGAGACGGACGAGUUCCAGAGCAGACUCCAGCACUGUUUCUGAUGAAAUGAAGCGCAGAGGAACCUCGGCGAGGAGGUGCACCAGAAGCAAUGAGAGUGUUCCACCAGCUCCAGGGGGCAAGACUGCAGGUUUUACAAGGAGUGUGUUUGUGGAGGAGCUGGAUCUGCUAGCCCUGUCCUCUGAGAAUGGAAGUGUUUACCUCUGGGGCUUCGACGAUUCUCUCUCUAGCCUUCUCAGGAUGAUGCCAUCCAAGACUAAUAUCGACUCGGACCCAGCAAAGAGGUUUGAGUUAAUGUCGGACCGAGCCGGUGGGUCACGGGACAGCAAUAUGACUGAAGAGGAACAUGUUUCAGACUCUGUAACAAACCGGGUCUCAGGGUUUAUUUGCAAGAAGGUUUUGGCAGGACACUUUCACACUGUCUCUGGGCUUGCUGUGGUAGGGAAAGGAAGUAUAUACAGUACUGUAUACUUGAUCAGCGGGGGCUGGGACAGAAGACUAUGCAUCUGGGAUUUAAAGACUGGUGAACUACAGGACACCUUCUGCAACCCGGAUCUCAAUGGGUGGCAUGAACUGAAGGAGGUGGCGUGUGAUGGAAUCAUUUUAGACCUGGCCUAUUCUCCAAAGAGAAACGAGUUUGCAUACUCCUCCAGUGAUGGGCUGAUCUACAUACGUCAAUUCAGCCCUGUGGGCCAGGAGAUGAGGUUGGUCAAUGUGCUGCAGGGGCACCAAGCUGACAUCACCGCCAUCGUAUGGCACCACCUGAGCGACAAGUGGAUCAGUGGCUCUGAGGACGGCUCUAUCCGCAUAUGGACUGCAGAUGGAAUGCAAUGUGAGCGCACCCUAGCUACCAAUGGGGCGGUCAGUUGUCUUAGUGUUGACGAGCUCAAUGGCUGCAUCAUUGCUGGAGUACACAAUGUAUUAAGGGUGUAUGACCCAGAGUCAUAUUUACUAGUUCAAAGAAAUGCUGGGCACACCGAUUCCAUCCGCUCUGUACUACACAUCCCAGAAAGGAAGCAGUAUGUGACAGCUUCAUCAGACAUGACUAUACGGAUGUGGAAUUCUUAUACCAUGAUACCUCCAAACACACAGCAGAGCUGAGCAACGAGAAGCACGAGAGAUAUCUCGUUCUGCAUUGCAGCCCAGCCUUCACGAUCAAUACAAGAGAUAUCCCGUUCUGCAUUGCAACCCAGCCUUCACGAUCAGUACAAGAGAUAUCCCAUUCUGCAUUGCAGCCCAGCCUUCACGAACAGCGCAAGAGAUAUCCCGUUCUGCAAUGCAGCCCAGCCUUCACGAUCAGUACAAGAGAUAUCCCGUUUUGCAUUGCAACCCAGCCUUCACGAGCAGCACAAGAGAUAUCCCGUUCUGCAUUGCAGCCCAGCCUUCACGAUCAAUACAAGAGAUAUCCCGUUCUGCAUUGCAGCCCAGCUUUCACGAGCAGUACAAGAGAUAUCCCGUUCUGCAUUGCAGCCCAGCCUUCACGAUCAAUACAAGAGAUAUCCCGUUCUGCAUUGCAGCCCAGCUUUCACGAGCAGUACAAGAGAUAUCCCGUUCUGCAUUGCAGCCCAGCCUUCACCAGCUGCACAAGAGAUCCUGUUCUGCAUUGCGUUUUUGAGCAUAAGACUAAUGUGCUAAGAUAAAAUUAUAUUUUAGGGGCACUUUUUAAAUGUAACUAACAGUUAAUAAUUAGAUAACACGUUAACAAGUUGUGACAUUUUUAUUGAAGUUAAUUGACUUAUGUUAACAAAUGUAUAAGAAAUGAACAUUUUCUGUGAUAAAUGCAUUAAACCCCCACUUCAGGAUUGUCAAUCAUAAAAUGUAAAACAAAUGGAGCAACAAUUGAGUUUGAAAGAAUUCAAAAACAAACAAAAAAACGACAUA